UCUCUGAUCGCCUCUAGACCUGCACAGUGGGUGCAACUUCUGUCUUCAGAUUGGAUUAAAGAACAGAGAUAUAGUAAAACUUAAGGUGGAUUUUUAAAUAAACAUUGCUUUGAUUAGAGCGUUUGAGAGCCAAGUGCUCAGAUUUUCCCCUCACGCUGAAGCAGAGUCACUGACAACCAAUGAGGGAGUUUCCACGUGUAUGCGUGCGGUUUUAUGUGUGAGUCAGUUUGUCGUAUGUUAGGAGAAAUCUUUUUGAGAUCAGACACUGGAUCUUUCUUUUUGUUCAAAGCGUGAUAGAUUAAAGCUUUUCCAGAAAGAUGACUGUAAUAGAGUUGUGGCUGGGAAAUAAACGGCAAGAGAUGAUGACCAUGCAUAAAACGCGGUGAUAAGAAGCCUUGGAUCCAAGAUGGGAAACUCCGAGAGCCAGUACAGCAUGCGGCGCUCUCGAAGCAAUAGUUAUAUCAUCCCUGUCAGACAGAAGCCUUAUUCAUUCAAGUUUUGCUCCACCAAAGAAGACAUUUUAUUGACUCGCAGCUUUAAGAAAGCUGGAUUAGGAUUCAUAACCCCUCCGAAGUGCGACAAUACCUUUUUGCCCGGCAAUUACGACCACAUCACUUGUAAAUUAAAGAGAGGCGACAGCGUUCAAUGCAGUGAGCUUUCAGAAGGUUUGUUUUCUGGAGGGUGCCUGGCGUUACCCUCUCCAAAUGGCUGCUUGUAUGGUAGCAUUGGGGAGAAGAGUAAAAUGCGUAAUAAUUACACACUGAAUACACCUGAAAGGACUCAAAGACUUGAGGACUUUGAGGAACAGAGAAGUCCCAGGGUCGUGAUAAAGAAAGAUGGCAGUGUGCAAGUCGAAUUUAACAACAUAUCAGACAGCUCCGGACCUGUUCAGCUCCUCAGGUUUUCCCCUACCUCAGAGUCGUCCAAUUCUUGUAUAUCUGGAGUAACACCAUCAUUAGACGUCCAUCUUGAAGCUCCACAACCAGCUGGCAGUUUUACGAGCAGAAAAGGUAGCUCACUAAGUUCAGAUGGCUCUUUGUAUGAUGUGCCUUGGGGGACUUGUGUAGAACCCAAAGAUUCAGACAAUAGCGAAAUACAAAGCAUUUCACCGGCAAAUGUUGGGGUUUGUGCUCAGCAGUCACCUGGCAAUACUACAGCCGACCUCUACAGAGAUCCCAAAAUUGCUGCCUCGUUCCCUGCAGUGAAGGAUUUGCCGUUUUUAAACGAUAGUCCUUUAAAGCAAAGAAUUUCAUUUUUGUCUGUGAUGGAGGAGUCUGGUUCAGAGGGAUGCCAUGGGGAAAAGCAGUAUUCCUCUUUCACCUUACCUAGCCGGAAGCCUGAACCUGUUCUGGUGAAUCAUGGAAAGAAUGAGACCAUCAGGAACCGAUUUAGGCGGAUCAGUGACUGGACAGGAAGCUUGACCAGGAAAAAGAAGACGUUACAGGAGCCAAGUUAUAAUGAAUCCAUGGAUUGCUUUGAUAGUGGUGUGGAUGGCCUUACUGCAGACACAAGUUCUCAGGUCUCCAGCCGUCACGAUGUCUCCAACGGCAAAUCUGUAACGCAAUCUCAAGCACUGCACACCCGCAGCACUUCUGUAGGUGCUCUUCAUUCAGACACUUUGCGACAGAACAUCUACAAGAACUUCAUGAGGGAAUUAAAGACCGGACGACCUCCAGCAGAAGAUGGAGGUGAAGAUUGGGGUGAGCGCUCCACAGAGGAGACAACAGAGAGCAGCGAUGAAGAAACCCUCGGCUCUCUCGAGCAGCUGGAUAUGCUGUUUGAGAAAGAGCAGGGUGUAGUUCGGCGAGCCGGGUGGCUCUGCUUUAAACCCUUGCUUACUGUACACAAAGACCGAAAACUGGAGCUCGUGGGUCGUCGGAAAUGGAAGCAAUUCUGGGUGACUCUAAAGGGUUGUACUCUGCUGUUUUAUGAGACCUAUGGAAAAGUUUCAUCAGACCAGGAGAUGUCUCCAUGCUACGCCCUGGUAGUAGAUGAUGGCAUUGUCCAGGCUGUUCCUGAGCAUCCCAAGAAGGAGAAUGUGUUCUGUCUUAGCAAUGUCUAUGGGGACGUCUAUCUUUUUCAGGCCUCAAGUCAGACUGAUUUAGAAAACUGGGUAACAGCCAUCCACUCCGCUUCUGCAUCCCUGCUUGCCAAACGUAAUGGAAAGGAAACACUACGUUUGUUACGUGGACAGAUCCGAGGACUUCUCCAGAAGAUCGACAUGGACAUGAAGAUGAAGAAAAUGGCAGAACUGCAGUUGUCCAUUGUUGGAGAUCCUAAGAAUAGAAAGGCUAUUGAAAACCAGAUCCAGCAGUGGGAACAGAACCUUGAGCGAUUCAACAUGGACCUGUUUCGCAUGCGCUGCUAUCUGGCCAGUCUGCAGGGCGGUGAGCUACCAAACCCCAAGAGUCUCCUGGCCACAGCCAGCCGUCCAACCAAAUCUACACUGGCCCGUUUGGGAAUCUUCUCUGUGUCCUCAUUCCAUGCACUGAUCUGUUCCAGGGAUGAAGCCACAAUGCGAAAGCGUUCUCUGUCUUUAUGCCAUCAUGGUCGCUGUAAGAAAGGAGUCUUCUCUUCUCUCAAAAACCUGGAUACCCUUACCAAGCGGGGUCAUGAUAAAAAGUCUACUUUACAGAUCUUUGACAGUGAUGUUGGAGGACAUCAAGACACAAAUCCUUUCGGUUUUGAGCGGCUGAAUGGUUCAGCUAAUAUUUACUCAAUAGCACCGCCUGAAGGCAGACAAUGGGAUUACAGCCAAGAUACCUCAACCUGUGUCUAUAUGCCAAACUACCAGACUGUUACAAUUCAUCUAAAAAAUUAUCACACUGUCUCGGACGUCUUGACUGAAGCCUGCAGGCUCAAGGGCCUGGACCCCUACAUGCACAGUUUAAGGCUGAGAAGAUAUGUAGGAGAAAGAAUGGAGAUAUGUACACCGUCAGAUGAUGAACUUCUGCAGGACUUGUCAUACGAGGAGCUUGAGGUCGGUCAGCUGAACACAUACACGCUGCGGAUGUCUCGACCAAAUCUAACUAUAGACUUUGGGUUUGCUGUUGCAGGCUAUGUAGACCGCCUGAAAAACAGUCGUAUCGCUGUCAGUGAAGUUCUCCCUGAUGGGCUUGCUUUCAGCGAAGGUCUAAGAUCUGGUGAUGAGAUCUUGGUUCUGAAUGGAUAUGAGGUGUCCUCUCUGGAUCUAUCUCUGAUCCAGACUUUAUUUAGUGGUGAGACUCUCAACCUGACUGUGAAACGUCAUCCGUCCUCCGUGCAACACAAUACAGAUACUCCAAAAACACAGACCGUACGGAGACAUGACUUCAGAAACCACCAUCGAGCCAAAUCCUCAACAGAUGUGUCCUGUGUGGCAGAAAUCCAGUCUGUGACUGAUAAUGAUAAUCAGCACAACAUCCAUCGAACAGUGCAGUACAGUAAGAGCGUGGAUACAGUUUGUUCUCUCUAUCAGUCCUUCCAAGAAGUUUCUGGAGGUCUGAUGGAGGGUCAAAGGGCUCCAACAGGGCCUGAAUCCUCCAUCCUGAGGCCCUGUCCGCGUCAUAUGUCUGCCACAGAGAGACUGUGCAAGGUCAUCCAGGAAUUAGUAGACACGGAGAAAUCUUAUGUAAAGGACCUUAACUGCCUGUUUGAAAUUUACCUGAAGCCUCUGCAGAAGGAAACUUUUCUCACCCAAGACGAGAUGGAGAGUCUGUUUGGCAGUCUUCCAGAGAUGUUGGACUUCCAGAAGGUUUUCCUUCAAACCCUGGAAGAGAAGAUCAGUUCAUCUCCUAACUUCAGCACACUGGAGACCCCUGUGCAGUUCAAGAAGGUGCUCUUCUCUCUCGGUGGCUCAUUUCUGUAUUACGCCGAGCACUUCAAACUUUACAGCGGCUUUUGUGCAAACCACAUAAAAGUGCAGAAGGUUCUGGAACGAGCAAAAACCGACCGAUCCUUCAAGGAAUUCCUCGACGCAAGAAAUCCAACUAAGCAGCACUCAACCACUUUAGAGUCGUACCUUAUCAAACCAGUACAGAGAGUGUUGAAAUAUCCUCUACUGCUCCGGGAGCUGGUAUCUCUGACGGACACGGAUAGCGAGGAGCACUACCACCUUACAGAAGCAUUGAAGGAAAUGGAAAAAGUUGCCAGUCACAUCAAUGAGAUGCAGAAGAUCUAUGAGGACUACGGUGCCGUAUUCGAUCAGCUGGUAGCAGAACAAAGUAGCACUGAGAAAGAGGUCACAGAGAUUUCUAUGGGACAGUUCCUCAUGCAUUCCUCUGUGAUCUGGCUCAACCCGUUCCCAUCGUUGGGUCGAAUGAAAAAGGAUCCUGAGCUGACUCUAUUUGUUUUCAAGAGAGCUGUGAUACUGCUGUACAGGGAAGCCAACAACAAAAUGAAAAAGAAGACGCCGACAUCAAGAUCAGCCCACGUAGAUCAGGAUCCAUUUAAGCUUCGCUGGCUCAUUCCCCUGUCAGCGCUUCAGGUUAAACUAAACAACACUGCGGAGACUGAGCGCGUCUGGGAGUUGAUCCACACCAAAUCAGAAAAAGAGGGCAGACCUGAGACGGUGUUUCAGUUGUGUAGCAGCACCAUAGAGUGCAAAUUGAACAUCAUCAAGGUGAUUCGCUCCAUCCUGAGAGAGAACAUGCGGCGACACAUGCACAGAAAUGAGCAACCUGCUGAAAAAACCUUUAAAAAACAACUUCAUCUCCUCCAAAAGACUCUGCCGGCCUCUGCUAAGAUAGGUUCUUCUCGAGCCUCUUGGUUCUGCAGACAACCUUCAGAUGAUGUUUCCCAAUCCAUCAAUGACAUGCUGAUGCAAGCUCUUCCAGAUUCAGAUUCAGCAAGUUCAAGCAGUGGGACCACCAGUAGUGCCGGCGCUCCUCUGGAUCACCCACCAGACCCAUCGGUUCAUCAGACACGACCGUCUGGUCCUAAUGAAUCCGACAAACGCUGCGAGAGGAGAGGACAGGAGACUCAAGACACUCCCAUCACAAUCGAGAGCCAGUUUCAAAGGCUUCAAUUGACCGAAGAAGCAUCUCAAGCACCACACGCGCUGCCGGAGACUUCAGAGGUGGACACGCCAGAAAGACACUCUUCAAUAAAACGAGCUCACUUUUGCCCAAUAAAACGCAAGCCUGGCAAAGGCAGUACUAGUAGCUUGAAACAACGCCGGACGACGCUCGUGAACAUGCGACGAUACAGUCACUCUUUGGACAGUCCGACGGCAGAGUCGAUGGCAAAUAACGUGGACCUUAACUCGCUAUCAGAGACUGACUUCAGUGUUCAGAGCUUGACGUCUGUGGUCAAUGAGGACUGCUUUUAUGAUAACAACACAGAAGCAAAGAAAGGUGAUGCAGGAACUUCAUAGCAUCCUUUAUAUGGUCAACUCAUGUCUAUGUAGCCUUUCCAAGGAUUUAAGUGAGGAAAGCAACUCAAAUCAUUUAAAUUAUGAUUUGCUCUGCCAGUGUUUUUCUUAAAGUUGGUGUUAAAUAUAUUUUUGGGUGAUUCAUUUAUUGAACCGCUCGUAUAACAUUUUGCACCAGCGAAUCAAAUCGCAUGCCUUUAUUUAUGGCAUACUGAUUGAUGCACGAACACAAACGCAAACAUACGGUCACUAUUGGAGCAAUGCUCGACUGGAGAUGUAAUAAGAGUGAAACUACUACAGGAUUUAACUUAGCCUUGUUUUAGGACACUACAAACACUUCUUGUGUUUUAGCAUUGAUUCAGGAUUGCUUUUUUAAACUUUUAUUUAUUAAUAAGAUAAGAUUAUGUUUUUAUAACUAGGUAGAUGGAUGAAACUUGAUUUUAACAUGAGAAAAGUGUCUUUGUAACAACAUACUGUACGUAAAACUCAUUUUCUUAUGACCACAUAAGAUUAUAAAUCUUUUAAUAAGCAAUUUAAUUUAAAUGUGUAAAAAUAAAUUUGGUAUUUACCGCUUGAAGUCGUCAGUUGUACGAUGCAUUGUUUAAAAUUGUAUAUAGUUUUUAUGCUUUACUGUAAUUUAUGAUUUUAUAAACAUUUUACCAUCACAAAUAAACUUGAGACAAGUUUUUAAUA